AUGUAUCACUCCGCUAUAGUUCCGGUCAACGAUGGCACACCAGUAGAACAACGGCGGCGCCUUGGUAACACUGAGAGAGUGAAGACCUGCCCCCAUCUCAAUGUGUCCUUCAAGGCCCACGACUCGGCGGUGGUCAGUGUGGAGUACAUCCAGCAUGAGGCUGGUCAGUUUAUCCUCAGUGCGUCCACAGACAAAACGGCACGUCUCUGGUCCAUGGAGGGUCACUACAUAGGCACCUUUGGUCAGAAAAAAUCCUGGAACCUUAAGAACAAGAAGUCUUGGUGUCACCCUAAAACGCCCUGGGAUGUGACGGGGACCAGUAAAUUAGAUGGUGAUAAAACAAGUAACAAUAGCCAAGCAGAUAUCACCAUAGAAACAGAGAACGUACAGGUCGGAGGUCAGGAGGAGAUUCCAAAUAAGGAUAACGGGGAGGUAGAGGAGAAGGAAGAGGAGGAGGAGGAGGAGGAGGAGGAAUUGGAGGAGGAGUCUGUGGAGACGCCCUUACCCACACAGGCUCCCACAGUGGAGAGACACAGUGACAGUGGGCACAGCCUAAACAUCAAGGUCAGGGCACAGACAAUUGACCUUGGGUCACUUCGACCUGAGCGCUCCAAGGUAGGUGUUCACAAUGUUAACAUUGCAUGUUUUUUUCAUCGUGUUUUCUUAGUAUUGUCUUACUGA